AUAUUCAAGCCGUCUAAAAUAAAACAGUUGCGUCUUGAUGCCGCUGUUGAAUAUGCUAGACAUUACGAUUUACAACUCGUAUAUAUUGAUCUCGAUCGGCCGAUCGAAGAAUACCCACCACUGGACUUGGUAGUCCACAAGAUGUCAGACAUUUACGGUAAAAUGUUACAAGGCGAUCUUGGUGAAAAACUUAAAUUCGAGCGAUUCCUGAGCUUUUGUACCCAUCAUCCCAGUGUUCGGAUACUCGAUCCAUGGGAGAACGUGAAAACCUUGUUGGAUCGAAAAAGCACGUACGAGAGCUGCGUCAAUGCAGCAGCAGCAGCAGCAGCAGCAGCAGCCGCCAGGGGCUGUUCCUCCUCCUCCUCCUUAUUCCAUGUCCCAAACACAGUGUUCCUGAAUAGUAUUCAGGACCCCAUCCACGCGAUCCAAUUUCCAGUCAUCUGUAAACGACAGACGGCGUGUGCUACGGGUGGAUCGCAUCAGAUGGCACUGGUUCCAUCGUCAAAACAUGUGUCAGAUUUGAACCCGUAUUUUGGCGCUGAUGAACCGGUGAUUCUUCAGCAAUUCAUACAACAUGAUGGUGUGCUUUUUAAAGUGUAUGUUGCGGAUGGACACCUCUACACCUAUACUCGCCCGUCAUUACAGAACACGUUCGAGUCGGUCGUCACGUUCGACAGCCAAACGUUGCCCAAGACGUUCGGAUCAUCCGCGCAACAACAGCCUCAUGUGGUGACUGAUACUGCCAUGCAAAAGCAGAAAGUUGCACUUGUUGACCACGAGCGUCUACAUGGCAUUGCCGAUCGUCUUCAGUGCCAACUUGGACUGACGAUGUUUGGCUUUGAUGUGGUGGUGGAAUCCGGAAGGACCGAUGCGUACCAUGUGGUGGAUGUAAACUAUUUCCCCAGUUUUGCGGAAGUAGAUGAUUUCCACCAAGUAUUUAUUAAGAUACUGCGUCGACAUCUCUCAAUGUAAAAAUAAAAGGUGGGGACUGAAAUACUCCGACGGGCGACCACACUUCUCUUUUGCCUGUGUAUUUUCUAUUUCCCUUUCUCUCUCUCCUUCUCACUUUC